AUGGAUCAGUCAUUCUUGAUCUCAGAGUUUGACCGGCUGGUUAGCGAGGGUCUGGUCCUGUACGACGACAAGCAGACUCUUGUGCAGCAGCAAGACGGUGGCUUACCUUUUCAGUUUGUCCUUACCUCUGCUCUGAACAAGAAGCCGACGGCUGCUACUGCCGGAGAACAAUCCAAGGAGCUGGUCGAGAACAAAGUGCGCCCCGGAAGCGACAUUGACACAAACGGCUACGAGGUUGGCGAGGUCGGCGGCUCGCAUCUUCUCGUCGCCAACAAGUUCUGCUAUGCGCGGCCACACUACCUGCUCCUGACCAAGGAUGGCUAUUGCCGGCAGUAUGAGCCGCUCAACAGAGCCGACCUCACCGCCGCCUGGUCUCUCCUCUGCGGCCGUGGCGCCGACAACUUUGCUAUCUUUUUCAACUGCGGCAAAGGAGCUGGAUACAGUCGGCUGCACAAACACAUGCAACUGAUGCCAAUCCCAGUCAAUACCUUUGCGUCUUUUCUGGAUUCGGCAGAUGGCGCCGAGCCGGACGUUCCUUUUCAAUGGUUCUACCAGCGCUGCUCGAACUCGAGCCCAGCAUCCGCCGACGACGUUGUCGAGACCUAUGACAAAUUGCUGAAGCAAGCUACCGAGGCUCUAGCCACAUUUCAGGACUGCGAGAAGGACGACUUCCCCGGAGCUGCCUGCUCCCACAACGUCAUAAUGACCGCACGAUGGAUCGUCGUGAUUCCGCGUCGCAGACCUUCUGUCCGCGCCGAAUCUGGAGCAAAUGCCAUGGGAAUGCUGGGAUACAUUGCCGUGUCAUCGCAAGCAGACAUUGAUAACUGGACGGAUCAAGGGCUCUGCAACUUGCUUCGCCAGCUAGGCGUGCCCAAGUAA